UAAGAGUUCAACAACUCUAAACAUGAAGACCGUCUUAAUUUGUAUGUUUCUGGCUGGCAUCGCAGUCGCCCAACAUGAUCAUGGCUGGGCAGGAUGGGCCGGUAAUGGUUUCGCCGCUCCAGCAGUAGCAGCGCAUGGAUUGGUCGCUCCAGCAGUUGCCGCCCCACGUCCAUCCUACGCUGGUCCUGCAGCUGGUGGCCCUGGCUCUCCAGGAUACCAAAACAGACUUCUUGCAAGUGCCAUAGCACGCCACAAUACUCCAUGGGGUGCAAUUGGACACGGACAUACACUCAGAUAUGGACCUCACUACUACCAAUAAACAUUACAUGUAUAUAAAUGCAUAAGACUUUUAAAUAAAUAAUUU